ACAGUCCACAAUGCCCAUAUACCUUGUGUCUUACAUAGUUUCCUUAGUCACGCAAAAUAGGCGCCAGUCGUCGAGUUGCGGAAAAUCGCCCGUAUUACAAUACAAUACAAAAGUUUCUUUAGCAGCCCUUUCGAUUCUUCAGUGCCUCUUCGAGUUGUGAGACGCUGGCUUUGUGUCAGUACUUACAAACGAGAUUGAUGUUGAUUUUAAUAAGGAGUUGGUAGGUAAGUAGCUAACAGUGUAAACCAAAUAACUCGAAAUCCAAUACUCCCAAUAGUCAUGUUCAUAUUAAUACUAUUUAUACAUUUCAGAGCCACAGUUCUUAGCGACCAGUGGUGGACGCGAAGUCCUGCAAAUGGGUCAUUACAGCUACUACAAGAACAACCGGAGUCGCGGCCCGAAGGCGACCUAUUUCUGCAUUCGUAACGGCACGUUGGGCCGCGCCUCCACCGUCGUUCUCGAAAACAUCGUCUUAACGAUCAAGAACUACCACAACCAUCGUCCAUUGUUCACGACAACGCGUUACGGCAAGCCGGCCAUCUUGCUAGGUCGGUUCCGGUUCACGAAGAAUAACCGCAGCAAAGGGCCAAAGGCGCUGUGGACAUGCAGUCGCGUCAGCGCGGGUUGCCGGGCUACCAUAUCUACUAUCGACGAUGUUAUAUAUAAGCAAAAAAAUGAGCACAAUCAUUAAUGGCACUACCCAUAUUUACUAUAAAGUAGACAGAAGCUGAGUUGGGUUUAUAAUUUAAAAAGGUAAUUUUUACUUAACCAAUACCAAGGCAACCCAAUAACUUUUCACAAAACUUAUUAGUUAGGUAAUCAGUAUAGCUAUCGAAAGUUAAAAGUUUGUUCUUAAAGCUGUUGUGCGUGUAUUACUGGAGACAAAAUAAAUAUUUGUAAUGAAAACAUA